UCUAACUUCCACCUCUACAAAAAUUUAAUUUUAAAUACAAAGUUUUCUAUUCGGACGAAGUGGACAUACGGAUCUCGGAGCACGGAGCACGGAACUGUUCAAGCGGAAUCAAAACAGGAAUCAAUAGGAAUCGAUUUCGAAUUGAUUUGCGUAAACUCGAAUAAUGGCCGAAGUGCGACGCAGGAAGGGCGAGGAAGAGCCACUGGAGGACACCGCGAUCUCCGGAUCCGGAGGGGAAGCCAACAAGCGGAACUCCUCCGCCGCCGACUCCUCGGAUCAUGUGGACUCCGAGGAGGAGAAGAUUCCCGAGGAGAAGUUCGUCGACGAGCUGGCCAAGAAUCUGCCGCAGGGCACCGACAAGACGCCCGAGAUACUAGACUCGGCCCUCAAGGAUUUGCCGGAUAGAUGGAAGAAUUGGGUCAUUCGCGGCAUUUUCACAUGGAUUAUGAUCUGCGGCUUCGCACUGAUCAUCUAUGGCGGUCCAUUGGCCUUGAUGAUCACGACUUUGCUGGUGCAGGUGAAAUGCUUCCAGGAGAUCAUCUCGAUUGGCUACCAGGUGUAUCGGAUUCACGGCUUGCCCUGGUUCCGGAGUCUUUCCUGGUACUUCUUGCUCACCUCCAAUUACUUCUUCUACGGCGAGAAUUUGGUUGACUACUUCGGCGUGGUCAUCAAUCGAGUGGAGUACCUCAAGUUUCUGGUGACCUAUCACCGCUUCCUGUCCUUCGCCCUGUACAUCAUCGGCUUCGUUUGGUUCGUCCUCUCGCUGGUGAAGAAGUACUACAUCAAGCAGUUCAGCCUGUUCGCCUGGACCCACGUAUCCCUGUUGAUUGUCGUCACCCAGAGCUACCUCAUCAUCCAGAACAUAUUCGAAGGUCUCAUUUGGUUCAUCGUACCUGUCUCGAUGAUUGUCUGCAAUGAUGUCAUGGCGUACGUGUUCGGUUUCUUCUUCGGCCGCACGCCCCUCAUCAAGCUCAGCCCCAAGAAGACCUGGGAGGGCUUCAUCGGGGGUGGCUUCGCCACCGUCCUCUUCGGCAUUCUGUUCUCUUAUGUGCUGUGCAACUACCAGUACUUCAUCUGCCCCAUCCAGUACUCCGAGGAACUGGGUCGCAUGACCAUGUCCUGUGUGCCCAGCUAUCUGUUCACGCCGCAGGAAUACAGCCUUAAGUUGUUUGGCAUUGGCAAGACUCUUAGCCUCUACCCCUACAUCUGGCACUCGAUCUCCCUGAGUCUGUUUAGCUCCAUAAUCGGACCCUUUGGCGGCUUCUUUGCCUCCGGAUUUAAGCGGGCAUUCAAAAUUAAGGACUUUGGCGACAUGAUUCCCGGACAUGGCGGCAUUAUGGAUCGCUUCGAUUGCCAGUUCCUCAUGGCCACCUUCGUGAACGUUUAUAUAUCCAGCUUCAUUAGAACUCCGUCGCCGGCGAAGCUGCUGACACAGAUCUACAACCUUAAACCUGAUCAACAAUAUCAAAUUUAUCAGUCGCUCAAGGACAACCUGGGCGACAUGCUAACCUAAUCGGCUUAAUCGGUUACCAGUUAGAUUCGGACAAGAUGUUUGCUUUAGUCGUACGUUCUAUAUAAUGCCGAAAUUUCUCUAUAUAUAUACAUUGAUAUAUAUCUGUAAGCAAACGGGCGAGCACCUUUAAGCAGCCACAUAAAAUAAGUUAUUUACGGGCAUAAUUUUUGUUAUGUUUUUAGUCCUUAGUUAGAUUUUGUUGCUACAUUUUAAAUAAUUUCCUAAGUUAGUACCUUCAUUUACUUGCAUUAAGUUAACUCGAUUGUGUUUGGCAGAAUUCUACAUAGUGCAAUCGUAUCAUUAAGCGAUUCCAUUAAUUUUAAUGCCCAAGUGACAGGCGUCAAAUGCAACGCAAGGCAAAGCAAACAGAAUAACUAUGAAUUUAAUAUCGACUAUGUGUGUGUGCGUGUUGUUGUUAGUGAAUUUACUUACUAUAACUAUAACUUAGACAUGAGAUGAGAUCAGGCAGUCGACGCCAGAAGCUGGAGAUUAGCAUAAUUGAAGCGCAUUUUAGUUAAUUAACUGAGGGACGAAGAGGAGGAGAUCAAAACUUAUGCAAUACUGUAAUUCUUUGUAGUGCAAUACUAUCAAUAUUUAUUUCUUAACGUUCCUUUGGUCAUGCAAAAUACAUAGGCAUCAUCCUCAAUCCGCGACACUUUCUCAAAAAGUAUAUAGAUGAUAUAUGAUCGGUUACUUAUAAAUCCUGUUAUACGAGAAUCUGUAUGGCAUUUAAAAAAGAAAUGCAAGUCAACGGUGUUUUAACGAACUAAGUGUACAAAGAUUUCAACUAAAAAUUAUCUAUGUUAAAUAUAUAACAGAUGAAAUAAUACAAAAAAAAAAAACAA